AUGAGCUUGAAAUCUUUUGAAGGACUUGAAUCCAAAGCUAUUGAAGAAGUCCACAAGAGUGCCAAAUCGAGGUUUCAAGCUCGGGUGGUCCCCUCUGGCGCUGAGGAUGCCCAAGCCGACCAAUGGAGUCUCCAAUAUUGGGUCUUGGAACAAGGUCAAGGCAAUAUCUACGUGGCCGUAGUUAACGCCGGUCAACAAACCCCUGAUGACAAACUGGUGAAGGUAGAGAUCAGUUUGAGCAAGCUCCAAACCCUUCAAAAGAGUCCCAGAAACAAGCAAAUGACUGGAAUAAAGUACACCGUCCGAGACUUGUGGAAUAGCAAAGACCUGAGCAGUGUUGCAUUCGAAGGCAAGAUCGAGUCUACUCUAGAGCUUCAUGACACGGUUCUUUUAAAAUUCAGUCCAGUCACCCAUCCCAAUUAG